AUGGAGCAGCCAUACCUUUGUUCAGAGUGCGGGAACUGUUUUUCACAGAAGUCCAGCCUGCAUAUAUAUCAGAGAUCUUACACAGGUGAAAAGCCAUAUAUCUGCUGCCCUGAGUGCGGAAAAUACUUUUUAGUGAAGCCCAGUCUUCACACACAUCAGAGAUCUUACACGGGGGAGAUGUUGUAUACCUGUUCAGAGUGUGGAAAAUGUUUUUUCAGAGAAGCACUUUUCUACAUAUAUGACAGAGAUCUCUUACGGGGAAAAAGCCGUAUUGUGGACAAGAGGAUGAAUGAGAGCGGCAAAAGUACUGAGAUUAAUAUAUUGCAUGGGAACUGA